AUGACAGUCCGUAAGAAAGGUACAGCACAAAGAAGCCAUUUUGGCCACAGGUUUCCCGCCAAAGUCGUCGUAUCCGCGAAAGGUGCAUCGCCAAUUGAGUCAGGCACGCCAGAGAGCCCAACUUCAGAGCCAAUUAUUCCUGAAGGCAAGGAGCGUUUUAGGACACGCCUCACCCGGAGUGGCUCCAGGAUUCUAUUCUUACUGGGAUUGCGAACUUCGUCCAAGAGUAUCAAAGAGUAUAGCGUCGAAACCGACAGCUGCAUUUACGUUCAGACUGGCGAUGAAAGCCCCCACCCCUUCUCCCCAGAUGGAAAUGGCGAUGGUAGUCUAGGAUAUGGGACUAUGGUCGAAUCACCACAAAGCGAACCGCUUUCUGUCACUCCCUCUGGUGGUCCAUCCGUCGAAGGCGUUGAAACUCUGUCCGAGCCUCUUUCCGACACACACUCCUUUCCCGUAAGCCAGGGUGAACAAGCCACUGAGCAAGAAAGCCAGCCGACUCCAAAAUUUGCAAAUCGCUUCUCGCACAGGAUCUCUCUCGCGUUUGGCCAACCCACCGUUAUUCGCCGUGCGAACCUUCGCCCGAGACCUAGCAUUCUCCGCUCAGUCUCACCGGCUCCAGACAGCUUGUGCAAACAGGUCGAUGGCGCUAAUGAUAGCUCAGUGCCUUCUUCUACCCCAAGCAGCAAUGCGUCUCCCUGUAGUGAACAGUCCACUGCCCCGACCUCCGGGGUGCCAUCCCCUUCAUCAAAUCGAUCCAAGAUAUGCGAUCAGCAUGAGACGGCAGUAUCACAUUUGCCCUCUGUCUCUGGUAUCGACGAGGCUGCGGGUCCUCCUGAAACAAAAAUCAGCAUUGUGCCAUCAAUCAAGACAGUGGAAGUGACCUCAGUGGCAAAGGUUUACCUGGAACUUUACUUCAAUUCUAUUUUCCAGAACAAAGAUUUGCGCCAGGAACGACAGCUUGAGUUAGAACAGUAUAUCUACUCCUAUGACCUCACGGCGGAGGAGCGAAUGAUGACACGCCACAACUGGGUGUUACGAGAAAAUGAUUAUCUGCGGCAGUGCCGUGUACUCAAGUCUAAUCGAUACUGCACUGAGAACGCAAUCUCAGUUGCUGGAUACAAGUCUAUCAAGGUGCUUGGGAAAGGGAGUUUUGGUGUUGUGCGCUUGGUGCGACCAAAUCAUCUUGAUUCGGCGUUUUCCAGCGAAGAUGGUCCUUUGGCUCCCAAUGACAGCAAUUCUCAUACAAGAACAAACCCUCUCGGGGUGCUGAGAUCUGCGGUGGAGGGGGCCAAGAAAAGUCGGCGAAGAUACAUGACGGGGGAGAAGAAAGAAGUAUACGCCAUGAAAGUCAUCAAAAAGACAGAGAUGAUCCAGAACUGUCAGGAAGGACACAUUAGAGCUGAGCGGGAUUUCCUUGUGGCCUCUGAGAGCUCUCGCUGGGUUGUUCCUCUGAUCACCAGCUUUCAGGAUGCCAACAAUCUGUAUCUAGUGAUGGAUUACAUGGUUGGUGGUGAUUUCCUGGGGCUCUUGAUCCGCAAGGACACGCUCCGCGAAGACUGGGCACGUUUUUAUGUUGCCGAAAUGAUCCUAUGCAUUGAGGAAGCACACCAACUCCGUUGGAUCCAUCGGGAUGUGAAGCCAGACAAUUUUCUCAUCUCUGCCUCGGGCCAUUUGAAAAUCUCCGACUUUGGCCUGGCGUUUAACGGGCAUUGGUCCCACGAUCAGGCGUACUACAACAGCCAACGCUACUCUCUGUUAAAGAAGCUCGGUAUCAAUGUCAAGGGAGAUUCUGAGGACCAGAAGGAGUCUCUCGAGGCGAAAGAGCCUGCGCCUGACAUCAAAUUGCAUGGCUUGGAUGACUACGCUGUUCAUCAGGCUCCCUCUUCGGGUCUGUUGGAUUGGCGUGACAACAAAGGGAGGCGCAGAUUCGCCAAGAGUGUUGUUGGUACUAGUCAGUAUAUGGCACCUGAGGUCAUUCGGGGCGAAAUGUACGAUGGAAGAUGUGACUGGUGGAGCUUGGGUAUCAUUCUAUACGAGUGCCUAUACGGCUUCACGCCAUUUGCAUGCGAGAGCCGCCAUGACACCAAGAUCAAGAUUCUACAACACACACGAACUCUCCAAUUUCCGAUAGAGAAAGCAUCGGAGAGGAUGGUCUCUCAAGAUGCCAUCGAUCUCAUUACCAGGAUUCUUCAAGAGCGUCAAUACCGUCUCUGCUCCCAGAAAUAUCAGGCCAAUGAUAUCCUAACCUCUCGGCCCGUCUCAACACAGAUGCUGUACUCCAUGGACUCGCGCUACAGAAAUAUUACGAGUUAUUACGUGUAUCCCAACGACGCAGCGGACAUCAAGGUUCAUCCUUUCUUCAGAGGCAUCCGAUGGCAGGACCUGCACUUGUGCCAACCACCAAUGAUCCCGAGGGUCAGAAACUGGGAAGACACUCGAUACUUCGACGACUGGAAGCUGAUCGCCAAUUCUCCCGGGCAAGUUGAGGCCCAUGACUCUGAUGUCAACGACGAGACUCCUGGGUCAGAUCCUGACGCCAUCACUCCUGCCCCGAAUCCAGAGGAAAACAUUUCCAUUGAGCCACUAAAUGCCAAUUCUACACCAGAUGCAGCGUCUGGUAAAACAAAGGAUGCUGAAAAGAAGAAUGAAAAGAAACGGCCUCGCGACAAGAUCCUGCGUGAUAAACAGAUGGGAAGAAAUGUCUUGGAAAUCCGCAAGAAGGGCGCUUUUCUGGGGUAUACAUAUCGGCGACCCAACGAGAUGGCUUUAGCAUUCAGCACAGAGCGAGGGCGACAGCCACUUGCAAGGGGUCAGUUGUCUAGUCUAUACGCAUCAUGA